AUGAAUCCUCCAGCGUUUUCAGAAGGAGCAAAUCCUGCAGUUGCUGAGAAAUGGGAGCAAGAGAUCGAGAAAGUACUAAUGGUGCUCCAAUGCACCGAUAAGCAGAGGGUCCUCUAUGCCACAUAUUUUCCUGCUACCGUUAGUGAGGCUAAGGUAGUAGAAUUUCUGAAUUUGACCCAGGGAAAUCUCACGGUUCAGCAAUAUACGACAAAGUUCAUCGAGCUGUCACGCUUCACUCCCUACGUCAUUCUAGAUGAGGUUAAAAAGGCAAGGAUUUUUGAAAGGGGCUUUAGACAAGAGAUAUAUAAACAGGUGGCAGUUCUAAAGAUGCAGGACUUCUCUGAACUAGUUGACAGAGCCAUAGUAGCAGAGGAGAGUGAACAGAGAGAUGUGGGAGCAUCGGGCCAGAGGAAGAGGUCUACUCCUCUGAGUUUCUAG